CCGACAUGGCGAGUGCUGUGCUGCCGAGCGGAUCCCAGUGUGCGGCGGCAGCGGCUGUGGCGGCGGCGGCGGCGCCUCCCGGGCUCCGGCUCCGGCUCCUGCUGUUGCUUCUCUCGGCCGCGGCACUGAUCCCCACAGGUGAUGGACAGAAUCUGUUUACUAAAGACGUGACAGUGAUCGAAGGAGAAGUUGCAACCAUCAGCUGCCAAGUCAAUAAGAGUGACGACUCCGUGAUUCAACUACUGAACCCCAACAGGCAGACCAUUUACUUCAGAGACUUCAGGCCUUUGAAGGACAGCAGGUUUCAGCUGCUGAAUUUUUCUAGCAGUGAACUCAAAGUGUCACUGACAAACGUCUCAAUUUCGGAUGAAGGCAGAUACUUCUGCCAGCUCUACACUGACCCCCCACAGGAGAGUUACACCACCAUCACAGUCCUGGUUCCUCCACGUAACUUGAUGAUUGAUAUCCAGAAAGACACGGCAGUUGAAGGGGAGGAGAUUGAAGUCAACUGCACUGCCAUGGCCAGCAAGCCGGCCACGACCAUCAGAUGGUUCAAAGGGAACAAGGAGCUCAAAGGCAAAUCAGAGGUGGAAGAGUGGUCGGACAUGUACACUGUGACCAGUCAGCUGAUGCUGAAGGUGCACAAGGAGGAUGAUGGGGUCCCAGUGAUCUGUCAGGUGGAGCACCCUGCAGUCACAGGAAACCUGCAGACCCAGCGGUAUCUAGAAGUGCAGUAUAAACCGCAAGUGCAUAUCCAGAUGACCUACCCUCUACAAGGCCUCACCCGGGAAGGGGAUGCACUUGAGCUAACUUGUGAAGCCAUCGGGAAGCCCCAGCCUCUGAUGGUAACUUGGGUGAGAGUCGAUGAUGAAAUGCCUCAACAUGCCGUACUAUCCGGGCCAAACCUGUUCAUCAAUAACCUAAACAAAACAGAUAACGGUACUUACCGCUGUGAGGCUUCCAACAUAGUGGGGAAAGCUCAUUCGGACUAUAUGCUGUAUGUAUACGAUCCCCCCACAACUAUCCCUCCUCCCACAACAACCACCACCACUACCACCACCACCACCACCACCACCAUCCUUACCAUCAUCACAGACACAACGGCGACGACAGAACCAGCAGUUCACGGCCCUACUCAGUUGCCCAAUUCCGCAGAAGAACUGGACAGUGAGGAUCUCUCAGAUUCUCGAGCAGGUGAAGAGGGCGCCAUUGGGGCAGUGGACCACGCAGUGAUUGGCGGCGUUGUAGCUGUGGUGGUGUUUGCCAUGCUUUGCUUGCUCAUCAUUCUGGGCCGCUAUUUUGCCAGACAUAAAGGUACAUACUUCACUCAUGAAGCCAAAGGAGCCGAUGACGCAGCAGACGCAGACACAGCUAUAAUCAAUGCAGAAGGAGGACAGAACAACUCCGAAGAAAAGAAAGAGUACUUCAUCUAGAUCAGCCUUUUUGUUCCAAUGAGGUGUCCAACUGGCCCUGUUUAGAUGAUAAAGAGACAGUGAUACUGGAACUUGCGAGAAGCUCGUGUGGUUUUUUUUUUUUUUUUUUUUUUUUUUUCUUUUUAUGAGUGGGUGGAAAGAUGCGAGACUGGGAAGGCUUGGGAUUUGCUAUGUAAAAACAAAAAGAAAAAAAUGUUCUUUGAAAGUACGCUCUGCUGUUUGACACCUCUUUUUAAUCUGGUUUUAAUUUGGUUUGGGUUUUGAGUUUUUAAUUUCUAUUUCUUCCUACCAAGUCAAACUUGGGUACUUGGAUUUGGUUUUGGUAGAUUGCAGACAAUUCUGUGCCUUGUUUUUCAUUUGUUUGUUGUGUUUCUUUCCCCUUUCCCUUUUUUAUGCAUUUAUUUUCCCCAAAAUCAAGUUUUUUUUACCCCUCCCAAACCUCCCAUUUUUUUGGAAUUGACCUGCUGGGAUUCCUAAGACUUUCUCCCCAUUCUUGCUGUUCUCUGCUUCUUCUUUUUUUUUUUUUUUUUUCUUUUGUUUGUUUGUUUGUUUGUGUUAACGGUGACUGCUUUCUGUUCCAAAUUCGGUUUCAUAAAAGGAAAACCAGCACAGUUUAGAUUUCAUAGUUCAGAAUUUAGUGUCUCCAUGAUGCAUUCUUCUCUGUUGUCGUAAAGAUUUGGGUGAAAAAGAAAAAAAAGAAAAAAAAAAAAAAAAAAAAACAGUGAAAACUCUUUGCUGCUGCCCAUGUUUUAAAUACUUAGAGCAGUGAAGACUAGAAAAGUAGACUGUGACUCGGAAACUGUCGUUUGCUGUGGAUCUUCAUUACUGUACAGGCUUAUCUGCAAGUGAGGUGUGUCGCAAUGAGGUUGAAUCUGUCUUUAACUCUUUAUCUGUAGGCGGCUCAGUAUAGAUUACCCCAUGCUGUGCAGAAAGGUUUUGGGCUGGAAAGGUCUCCUCCUUCCUCAUGGCCCUAAAGCAGACCCGACAGGUGAGGUCUGUCCGUUUUAUAAGUGGACAAAUUUGAGUUGCCACAGGAGGGGAAGCAGGGAGGGGAUAAAACAGCUCUGCUCUGGUUAUUUCUGCUAUGAACAGUUCCAUCCACCUUUCCCAAUGGGCCUACUGCUCGCUGAUAUGCAGGAGAGAGCAAGUCCGUGUGUUGUGUGAAUGACUGAAGGGGACAGAUUUUUGUUUGUUUGUUUUUUUCCUUUUGUUUUUGUUUUCUGUUUUUCCUUUGUGCUUACUUAGGAGUGCAGUAGGAUGUGGCCUGUAUGUGCUGUAUAUUACAGACACUGUCCUGCUGGGACGCGUGUCCUGCUGGGAUUUCCAACUCCAAUCCCUGUGCUGCUCUCAUUCCUUCAGAUUUGGCUUGACAAAGGCAGGAGGUACAAAAGAAGGGCCGGUAUUGUUCUCGAAAGGUCAGAGCUGAGGUGGAAAAACAGCAUGUAGGGAUUUUCAGUUACUUAAUCAAAACUCAAAUGUGAGUGUUUUUAUCUUUCUACCUUUCAUACACUAGCCUUGGCCUCUUUCCUCAGCCUUAAGAACCAUCUGCCAAAAAUUCCUCAUCUCGCAUGAUGGCAGCCAUAGCACAUAGCUACUGAAAUAAGUUACCUUGAACAUAUCUUAGACUGGAGCCUGGGGAAGGUAGCUGCGAAGUGGUGGUUUGCUGAGGCGUUAAGAAAUCUGCAAGUAGUUCUGAAGGACAAAACCUAAGCUCUUCCCGCAUGUGUGCGUAGGCUCCAGACUCCAACAGUCCCUAUGGAAAGAUGGCAUCAGAAAAGAUAGAUCUAUCUAUAUAUAUAAAUAUAUAAAUAUAUAUUAUAUAACAUUUUCAGUCAGUACUUUUGGAUUUUGCAAGGUGCAUUUUUACUAUUGUUACAUUAUGUGGAAAACUUACGCUGAUUUAUUUAAGGGGAAAAAAGUGUCAAUUCUCUGUUAUUUGAAAGCGUGUUUCUUUUUCUUGUCUUUAUUUAACUUCUGAUAGAACCAUUGCAAUAUGGGGGCCCUUUGGGAAUGGACUGGUAUGUAAAGGAAAAUUCACUAUCGAGCAGUGUUUUGUUGGCCCCUCUCCUGUCCCGAGGCACUUAACCAAUACAAAAAGCCACAAGGAACAUCCCUUUUUCACGAAUUUUAUAAUGUGCAUCUAUUCCGAGCCCUUAGCACCCACCCUGACCAUAGUGUGAACAUAUCAAUGGGUGAGAACCAGUUAGCAUGUCCUUGAAAAGGUUUUUCAGCUGUUCUUUUUAGAGAAAAAAAAUAUAUAAAAAUAAAAAAAAAAAAACAAAAAACCACAAACAAAACAAAAAAUUCCAUAGUUCACAGAAUUGGCAUCUCAUCUUUGGGACCGCCCAUCUUUCUGUUUUGACAAGUGUACAGUAGUGCAGUGUUCUGAUGUAACUUUAUGGAUUAUAAUGUUGACAUGUCUCAGGUUCCUGUGUUUUGAUUGGUGUUUUUCCGUCUCAGGUAGAUUGCAAAGUGUAGGCCCCACACAUUGGAAAAAGAAUAAUAAUAAUAAUAAUAAAAACAAAGCAAAAACAGGAAAUUACGGAUUUUAGUUGUAUAUUGGUUUAUGUAUUUUUCUUAAGUAUACAGUGCACUGUUUGAAAUGUAUUGUUGAGUAUUACUUUGUACAGGUUGAUCACUUUUUUUAGAGUGAAGAAAGAACAAACUUGUUUUUUUUUUUGUGUUUUUUUAAAGGAAUAUAAAAUAAUGAAGGAUGUAUAAUUGAUGCCAAAUAAGCUUGUUCUUUAGUCACGACGUCUUGUUUUUCCCUCUAGGCCAGUUCUGUUUCUAAGGUGUACAAGGACCAUGUUACAGUGUAAGAAAUUCCACAUCCGUGUGUUCCCAUUCGCAUUUUGUAUCGGUUCAUGUAUACCAUUUUUACAAAAAGAAAAAAGAAAAAAAAAGAAGUACUAUAAAAUAUCUGUCUUCUUAAUAAAAAAAUUAAUGUUACAAGUGA